AUGUGUCGAGAUAUCUACUACGAUUACCAGCAGUGCCGGCAUCAUAAGUUUAUCAGAGCUGAAGCUUGCUGGCAAGAUCGUUGGGAGGUGUUUUGUCCCUGUUUGUCCUUCCCUGGGGUAUUCCCCUACAAGGGCACGCACGCCAGUACUGAGAUUCGUCAUGUUCAACUAGGAUUGUGUUCUAACUGUGAGGGAUCGAAAAAGAAGAAGGCAAGAAGGGAUUAUGGGGGGUUUACUGCUCAGGAAACCCAUGGUGUUGGAGCCUCCCAUGGGACGAGACAGGCGCAGACACCACAGUCAACCAGAGGUCAUCAGGAGGUGAGAGCACCUGAAAGAGCCCACCAACACUGGGCAUAUAGAGAGGAGCCUCAUAUGAGCAUGGCAUCCCAACCAACGCCCCAAUCAGCUUCCGAUCGGCUAUACACCAGCCCCCCAGGCGUAUACGCCCGGAACUUCUCUCCGGCACCAAGCCAAGGUGCAAAACAGCCACGAAUACAAUCUAAUGACCCUUACGCAAACUUCUCCAAGCGCGAACGUACCGUUCGCGGUCAACGAGUAGGAAACAAGGUAAUCAUAGACAAGGGUGUUCCUCUCCCUCCUCAAGGACAGUACAAGGCGGCAGAUCCCAGCAGAUCUAGGAGUGUACGACAUAGUCCUAGAAGAGCUGGCAGUGUGCAGGAUCUUAUUGAUCGGUCCUAUACCGUUUCUCCUCUUACAGAGGAUGAAAGGAACGCUCCUCAUGUGGACAUCCCAUCGCAUGACGAGUAUACCCAUUGGAUAUAAGACUGUGAUAUUACCUUGAGAUCGUCAUCGGGUUUGAUUUGGCGUUGGCAUUGGAAAUAAGGAAUAGACAGAGGUUCAAGUGAAUCAUCCGAGUUAUGAGAAUUCGAUACCCUGUUUCGUUCUUCGAUUUUUAUAUAUUUAACUUAGUACUUAUGCGAUUGUACUAUAAGAAAUGAUUCAUGGCAAGUUGGCACUGGACUAGUU